GUCUACCACACAGAUGGUGAUUACAUCAGGUUCCUGGUUCCAGAGAAUUUGCCAAAUCAACAUUGAUGACAAAGUCUGAGCUUUAUUUAAAUGUUAUUUUCCAUUCCGUGUCAAGGCAGGCCUUCGGAAAGGAUGUUCAAUUCUCCUUACCUGGAGUAAGGAGAUAUGCAACCAUUUCUGGUAUUGCUGUAAGACUGCACAGAACAUUGAUCAGUUCGGUGUAAGUAUUGGUCUGUUUUGGAUUUCACUUUGCGAUUCCUGACCAUUUAUUACAUUUUGAUUUUAUUGAUAAAUUGACUGGUUAUUUUAUUUUAUAUUUAUUUUAAAAACUUGUACUAGCAUUUAUAUAAUGACAAAAUAGGUAUUAUUUAUUGUGUAAAAAAAAAAACACAAUAAGAAAUGAUGCAGUUCUGUUCUACUGUGGGAUAUGUGGACAGGUCUUCUCCACCAUGUUCAAGGAGAGCAUGAGUGGGCCCUAUCUUGCUGUGAACAUGGCCCCUUGUCGGCCGACAGGGAGAAGGAGUGGAUCCAGAGUGAUUCUGAGGCCUUUCAGGUUCUGUCAGAAAUAGUGCUGGAUGAGCACUGGCUGAAGAAUGUGGAGAAGUUCCUGAGUUUCAGGUCAACCGCUGAGCUGGAAUCCUUCCAUAAUCAUAUACUGAUGUAUGCCAGCAAGCGAUUCAGCUUUAGCCCACCUGUUUACAAAGCAGGCACCCUCUUAGCAGCGUUGGACUAUAACCAUCAUGUUCACAGACCGGUGAAGAGGAAGGCUGAUGGCUCAAUAGAGUACUGCAAGCUCUACAAUAAAAAGUCAAAGACUUGGAGUCUAUACACUGUGAAGGUGGAGAAGGACUACGGAUACAUGGCAGACCUGCAGAGUGCUAUCCUAGAAGCCCGGCUGACAUCAGACAAGGGUUUGCCAAAGACCAGAAAAAAAGGCCUAAUGACCCACGGCAAUAUGGGGUUCUUGCAAGCAUCCCACCACCCAGGACCUGUUGCAAACCCAAUUCCACAGAGGAGUAGGGCAAGGAAUGCAGUAAGAGACCUAGAAGAGAUUGGAGGUCCCAUACCAACUAAACUGGAGCUGACUGUAGGCUGCUGGGGGCUGUUUGGAAUAGUAUUACGCUGCUCACUUUUUGAUUUUUGAUAUUUGUAAAUAUUCGAUUUAUUAGGUCUAAAUGUCCUUCACAGUUUUGAAUUAUUUACACUUUGUUCUUAUAAAAUAUAUUAAAAAAAAAAAAUAGGAUUUUGUAUAUAGUUUUUUAUGAUCAAUUUGUUUAUAAUUGACAUAUUUUCAAUGCAGUUGCACGAUUGUUCUGCUAAAAAGGCAUUUUGUUAUGUAGUGCUUUUAUACUUAUUUAGAAUUUGCACUUGUGCUGCAUGUAGUCAUCGAAGGCCAGGGUGUUCCUGUGUGUGUGAGUUAUUAUCUUAUUGUUUUAUUAUUUAAUAAAAAAGCUUUUUACCGCACCUGCCCUCAUCCUUUAUCCAGCAUUACACCUGCUGAAUGUGCAUUGUUAUUAUGAUAUGCUAUAGUUAUUGUCUGCUGUAACCGACAAUGAAAAGAUGGGUCAUAAUAACAGGAAACUGAACAUGUAUUUUUUAAACACUUUUUAAUGAUGCUUAAAGUCUCCUUGUGAGGAAGCCAACAUAUUGUCCAAGUGGGUCUGGGUACUUGUCCCGUAUCCUCCAGACACAACAACUAGGGAUGACGACCCUGUGUCCCCGAGCCAGUGCUCCGUAUUGCCAAACAACAAACUGCCUAUAGGCGGCAAACCUAAAUAGUUUGUUGUCCUCCCCUGGGUCUGGACGGUCAGCCACAGCACGGACAUCAUUCCAGAUCCUCCUGGCCAGCCGUAGAACCCCCCCCUGCAUUAUGUAUGCGUCCAUGUGAGGCAUCAUGGAGACACAGGAGUCCAGGAGUUGUCCACAGCAUUUCCUCUCUAUA